AUGCACCGCAGCUGGUCGUCGACGACGUGGCAGCGGCAGCAUCACCUCGCAGUGCCCAUGUUUCACAAGUCUCGCGUCCCCUACGCGCGCCCGUCCAACAACCUCCAACACGUCCAGGUCUGGGUCCCGACCAAGUACGCGCCGGAGGAAUCCAGAGCCCCCUCGCCGUCAUGGCUCCCUCCGCCCGACACCACCCUCUGGAUCAUCUACGUCCACGGCGGCGCCUGGCGAGAUCCGCUCGAGACGGCAGACGACCUGGCGCCCGCGCUGAAGAGCCUCUCCCCGGCCCUGUUCGCCUCCCGCGCGGCACCCGUCGCGUUCGCCUCGGUCAGCUACUCUCUGUCGGCCUACCCGCAGCACUCGACUCACCCGAGCACGCCGUCUGACCCCAGCCGCAAUGCCACCCACCCGAGGCACAUCCUCGACGUGCUGGCGGCCGUUUCCUACCUCCAGAGCACCGCCGGCUUUGGGAGCAAUUACAUCCUGGCGGGACACAGCUGCGGCGCCACGCUGGCGUUUCAGGCCGUCGUGAACCCGGCGAGAUGGGGUGUCGACGCGGGCAGCGCCGCUGUCAAGGCGCCGCAGAUGGUCCUCGGCCUCAAUGGGCUCUAUGAUAUGCCCAAGAUGGUGGCGGAUCCGGGGGACGGCUACGGCCAGUACCGCGAGAUCUACGAGCAGUUUACGAGGAGCGCCUUUGGCGACGACGAGCGCGUGUGGCGGGCCAUCAGCCCCGUCUACAUAGAGGAUUGGGCGCGGGAGUGGCCCGACGGGAAACAUGUGCUGCUUGUGCAGAGCCGUGAGGACACCCUGGUUCCGUUUUCACAGGCCGAGGCGCUGCAGGCAAGCCUGUUGAAGUCCAAGGGUGAGCGGCUGAGCGUCGAGCUGCUUCAAGGCCGCGGUGACCACUAUGACAUCUGGAAGCAGGGCACGCUGCUUGCAGAGGUGCUGACCCGAGCCAUUGAUAUAUCGGGACUGUGA